AUGGCCAACUCCCUCCAGGACCUUCUCUCCAAUCUCGAAGAUGAGAUCCAAGACCCCGACGAAGAGACAUUCCUCCUCUACGCCAACAACCCGCCCCUCGAAAACCUGGGCUUCAUCGACCCCCAGUCUUCCACAGUAGAGAUCCAGCUCAACGGAAAGGACGUGACUAUUCAUCAAUCCCCCGGCAUCCUCGCAUCGAGUCGAAAAGGCGGCACCACAGGCGCAGUCAUUUGGAAAAUCACCCCCCUCUUCGCAGAGUGGCUCUCCUCCCCCUCAAACCCACUCACCCCCAUCCUCGCAAAAUCAUCCAUCGUCGAAUUAGGCUGCGGCAUCUCCCCCCUCAACGCCCUCUCCCUCUCCCAUCUCGCAGCCCGCUACAUUCUCACGGAUCAGCCCUACGUCCAAAAACUCCUCCUCCAAAACCUCGCCGCAAACCUCCCCUCCUCCUCCUCCUCCAAACCCUCCUCUUCAUCAUCAUCCAAGAAGGCCCAUCCCAGCAGAUCUAAGAAAAGCACAGCACCACCAAAAACCCCUUCUCCCCCAUCAUCAUCAUCAACCCCCCUUCAUCCAAGCAACACAGCAACAACAACGGCAGACAUCCACUUUGAAGUCCUCGACUGGGAAACCUCCCAAGUAACACCCGCCCUCACCCACUCCCGCACAACAUCCUCCUUCGACGCCCUCGUCUCCUGCGACUGCGUGUACAACUACGCCCUCAUCCAGCCAUUCGUCCAAACCUGCGUCGACAUCUGCGCCCUUCGCAACAAAGACAUUAACUUACGAAACCAACAACAACAACAACAACAAGACGCCUCUGCUGCUGCUGCUGCUGAUGAUGAUGAGAAUAAUCUUCGUUCGUGCUUGUGCAUCGUCGCGCAGCAGCUGCGCAACGACGACGUCUUUAAUACCUGGCUGACGGCCUUUCGGGAACAUUUUCGCGUGUGGAGGGUGCCGGGGGAGAGGAUGCCUCGAGAGUUGAGGCCCGAAGCGGGCUUUGUGGUGCAUAUUGGCAUUCUCAAGGAUUCCUUCUGA